CAGAUUCUCAUCAUCCACACACACUCAUCAGCAUCUUCCCUCUGCUCGACUGCUUCACUUCUCUUCCUCUCUCGAAUUAUCUGAGGAGAGAAGAGAAAAAGCCAGCAGGAUUCUUGGCCCUUUGUCUUUGAGAUUUUCCAUUUUCUUGAAAGAUACGAAUAUCAGUUCUGUCGAAUUCAACACAAUUGCAAAAACAUGCAUAAAGCGGUGUUGAAGCUGGAUUUGAGCGACAACAAGGACAAGAAGAAGGCCAUGAAGAUAGUCUCUGGCUUUGCAGGGGUCGAUUCGAUCGACAUAAACAUGAAGGACAAGAAGCUGACGGUGACAGGAGGUAUGGAUCCGGUGGAGCUCGUGGGGAAGCUGAGGAAGACGUUCAACACGGAGAUAAUCUCGGUCGGACCGGCCAAAGAGGCUCAGAAGAAGGACGACGGCAAGAAAGACGAUCAGGACAAGAAGAAGGACGGUGACAAGAGCAACAAAGACUCGAAGGUCUACCCGUUUCCAUACGUCUAUUAUCCACCCCCGUAUUACUAUGGAAGAAACACGAGUGUAGAAGAGGACCCAAAUGGCUGCGUCAUCUGCUGAUUCGAUGCUUUGCUCGGAUCUUUUGCAUAGAAUAAGUAGAUUUGGCAAAAGGGAACAAAUCUUGAAAUCUGGUCAAGUGUCUGAUAGUUAAUCUUUACCGCUUCAGCUGAAGAUUACGAUAGCCUAGAGUUAUUGUCUGUACAUAAGCCUAUGAAAUUCUGGGGUUGAUCGUUCUUUUAUGUUCAAUCGAGGAUUUGAGUGUGCUCGGGUUUUGCUCCCAAGGAAUACGCUUUUUCUUGAUUC